AUGAGAUGUGAUGCGUUUCUUGGCACAGGCGGCAGCAUGGAGAGCCCCACAGAGGCUUCAGCAGCUGACCACUCAGCUGACCCCUCCGCGCCCACCUUCUCCCAGGUGGUGUUCACGGACAUCCCGCACUCCUACCCGCCCUCCACCCCCAUCACCGCCCGCUACACCUUCAACUCCACCGUCCAGCCCAACUCCAGGGACUGGGUGGGCAUUUUCAAGGUGGGGUGGAGCACAACCAAGGAUUACCACACCUUUGUUUGGGUGGAGCCAUGCCAAGAAGUGGGGGGGCAACAGGCAACCUCCAGGCAAGCUGUGUUUAAGGAGUACUAUCUGCCCAGAGACGAGAUCGAGUUCUACCAGUUCUGCUACGUAGACAGUACGGGGCAGGUGAGAGGAGCCAGCACUCCUUUCUGCUUCAGGAAUCCGGCGGAGCAAAGCCUGGAGGGCAGCACAGAAGAUGACCUCCUGGUUAUUACAACACAGGAGCAAGUGGAGCAGGGUCUGCGCGAGAGGGCCGAGCUGCAGCGAGACCUGGACCAGACCUGGGCCGAGAACCAGGCCCUGAGGAGCUCUCUGCUGGAGGCCCAGAGGGAAAGCAGAGAAGAGCUGGCGAUCCAGAGGAGGAAGCAGAUGGAGGCACAGCAACAGAGAAACACAGAGGAUGAGAGGCAGACCCAGAGCUUGAAUUCACACAGAAAAAUCGAGGAGAAAUACGACCAGGCCGUGAUAAAGAUCAAUCAGCUCAAAGAGGAGCGCGAGGAGCUCAGGAGCAAGAUCAACGUUCAGAGUGAGGAGAUCGCCAAGCUGAAGGCCAAAGGUCGGGAAGGGGAACGAGAGCUGUUGAAAACAAAGGAUGGCAUCCAGCUUCUGCAGGUGGACCUCCAGAGCAGCGAGAAGGAGAAGGAGCGCCUGGGAGCUGAGCUGCAAAGGUUGAGAAGCCUCACGAGCAGCAUGGAGGAAGUCAAGAGGGAGAAACAGGAGCUGCUGAUGAGGCUUUCGCAAAUCGACACGCCACACAGCUCUCUGCACGAAGACCUCCAGGUGCAGUGCCAGGAGCUCUCCAGGCAGCUGCAGAAGGCUCAGGCCAAGCUGGUGGCUGAAAAAGAGGACACGUAUGGCAUCAGGAGACGGGCUGAGCUGCUGGAAGCAGAGCUGGAGGAGUGCAAGGUCCGGCUGCAGGAAGUCUUAACUUUAUACGAGAUCGAGAAGCAGGCCAAAGAUAAGCUCGAGAUGAAGCUAGCAGAGAUGAACGACGUGAUGGCAGAUAAUCAGAUGACUUUUGAGGAUAAAGACGACCAGAUCAUGCUUCUAAAGAAGGAAAAAGACGAUCUGGGCAGAGAGAACCAGGACCUCAGAGAUCAGAUGGACGGGCUGCGCAAAGCUUACGCCGGCGUGGAGUCAGAGGACGCCUCCUACACGCAGCCGGAGGUGACCCCCCCGCCCGGGGACUCCUCAGAGCACCUGUACCACAACAUAGAAAACAUUCGGGAAGACCAACAACAGCAGGAAGAGGCGGAGGAGCGGGUGUGCCACCACUGCCAGGAGCGGUUUCCCGGCAUCACACAGGCAGAGCUGGAGCAGCACCAGCAGAGCCACCGCGUCUGCCCCUUCUGCACCAUGAUCUGCGACCACAUGGAGCAGGCCGUGUUCGAGGACCACGUCUACGGACACGAGCUGUGA